UGAAAGACUACCGGAAACGGCGCUUGUUGUCUCGCUAGCUUGAUCCAAGUUGUGAUGUUAGCCUGGCACUUGGACACUCCUAGCUCCACUCCGGUGCUCUGGUAAUUCCCUCCAGUCCCCUCCGAGGACACCAUGGCCGAGCAGGCCUCUGGAGACCCGCCGAAGGCUCGCCCUGACGAUGAGCUGCAGCAGCGGGUAGCAGCUCUGGAGCUGGAGCGAAGUGAACUCCUCAGAGUGCAGCAGCAGCUGGAGGCCGAGUUCAACCAGAAAAGGGCCAAAUUGAAGGACCUUUACGUUUCCAAGGAAGAGGAGCUGAAGAGGCAGACGACUGCACUGGAGAGUGCCCAGGCUGAGCUGGCCCAAGCCCGGGCCGAGAUGGAGACCAUCAAAGCUGUUGCCACCGUCUCGGAAAACACCAAGCAGGAAGCCAUUGACCAGGUUCGCGGUCAAUGGCAGGAGGAGGUGGCAUCGCUGCAGGCCAUCAUGAAGGAAACGGUGUGUGAAUAUGAGGUCCAGUUCCAUCAACGCCUUGAACAGGAGCGUGCUCAGUGGAACCAGUACCGGGAGGUAGCAGAGCGGGAGCUGGGUGACCUGAGGAGGCGUCUCACCGAAGGCCAGGAAGAGGAGAAUCUGGAGGACGAGAUGAAGAAGGCUCAGGAAGAUGCAGAGAAGCUGCGCUCGGUGGUGAUGCCUAUGGAGCACGAGAUAGCAGCUCUCAAAUUGAAGCUGACUGCCUCUGAGGACAGAGUGAAGGAAUUAGAGGCCUCAAAGGUGAAGGAACUGAAUCAUGUUCUGGAGGCUGAGAAGUCGUGUCGUACCGAUCUGGAAAUGUACGUCGCUGUGUUGAACACUCAGAAGUCCGUCCUGCAAGAAGAUGCAGAGAAACUUCGUAAAGAACUCCAUGAUGUCUGUCACAAACUGGAACUAGAGCGGCAGCAGCACAACCAGCUGAAGCACACGUGGCAGCGAGCGAACGACCAGUUUCUGGAGUCUCAGCGACUCCUCAUGAGGGACAUGCAGCGGAUCGAGAGUGUGCUGUCGUCCGAGCAGCUCAGGCAGGUGGAGGAAAUGAAGAAGAGAGACCAGGAGGAGGACGAGAAGGAGCGUCUGAGUCAAGUCAAGGAGCUCCAGGAGGAGGAUGGGGGCGAUCACACUGAGCCCCUGGACGACAUGUUCCUGGGUCUGAGUGUGGACGAGUCUCACACCAACCACAGCGCUCACGGCUCCCUUCACUCCCUGGACGCUGACAUGGUGACCGGCAGUCCAGUGGACCCCUACAGGGACAACUUGCGACGGGUUCAGUCCACAGACAGCCUUGGCUCCUCCCUCUCCACCCCUCAGGGUCUGUCCAACCACAAGGCCAAGUCGGCCAGCCACCUGGACGAGUCGGAGUUUGGUCCGCUGGUCAGCGCUGACUGCAGCAUUGCUGACAGCAGCUUUGGAGAGACUUCCUCCAUCAGCUCCAUCAAGCUGACGGCAGGUCACUUCCUCCUUACCAAAGAUCAGGAGAAGGCCAUCAAAGCCAUGACACCAGAGCAGGAAGAGACUGCCUCAUUGCUGUCCAGUAUCUCUCACGCGCCUGACACGGCCUUCCUCCCACCUGCUGGGUACCGACUGGUCAGUGACAGCGAGUGGAACCUGCUGCAGCAGGAGGUGAAAAAUGCCGGCAGGAAACUGGGCCGACGCUGCGACAUGUGCUCCAACUAUGAGAAGCAGCUGCAGGUGAUCCAGGGACAAGAGGCUGAGACAAGGGACCAGGUGAAGAAGCUGCAGGUGAUGCUGCGUCAGGCAAAUGAUCAGCUGGAGAGAACCAUGACUGAGAAGCAGAGUCUGGAAGACUCCAUCAAAGUGGGAAAUGACGAAAUGACCACUAAGGUAUCUGCACUCGUCCAGAGAGUCCAGGACUCUGAGAAUAUGUUAGGAACUCUCCAGCAGGCGUUCAGUGAGGCGAAGAGAAACACCCAGCAGCAGAUGGCUGUGUUGGUGCAGUCCAGGGAGCAGGUGGCGGAUGAGCUCAGUCGGCUUCAGCGAGACAAUGAGAGUCUUCAGGGGAAACACAGACUGCACGUGGAGCUGCAGCAGCAGCAGGACUUCCUCAUGCCCGAGACCGUCCAGGAGCUCCAGAGUCUUGUGGUGCAGCUCCGCGAAGACCUGGUGUCGCUGCGCACGUCAGCUGAUCACAUGGAGGAGAAGCUGAAGGCGGAGAUUCUCUUCCUAAAGGAGCAGAUCCAGGCGGAGCAGUGUUUGAAGGAGAACCUGGAGGACACGCUGCAGCUGGAGAUCGAAGGCUGCAAGGAGGAGAUCGCGUCAUUCUCCAGUUUGAGGACGGAGCUGGAGCGAGUGAAGGCGGAGCGGCAGCAGCUUCAAAGCAGCCUAACAGAGAAGUCGGCGACUCUGGAGACCCUGCAGGCGUCCAGGAUCUGCCUGGAGCAGCAGAUAAAAGAACUCAGUGGAGCCAAGAGUGGCCUCGAGAUGCAAGUGUUCGAGGAGAGAGACAAAUCUCAGCGGCUGCAGACAGAGCUGGACGUCAGUGAGCAGGUCCAGAAAGACUUCGUCAAACUUUCUCAGACUCUCCAGGUCCAGCUGGAGCGAAUACGACAGGCGGAGUCUCUGGACCGGAUCAAGUCAAUUCUCAACGACACCAACUUGACUGACAUCAACCAGCUUCCAGAGACAUGACUUCCAUCUAACUGAAUUACCACCGUGGACGAUACACAGGGACAGCUCCAGGCCUUUAUUGUACAUAUAGUCAUUGAACACACCGUGGAUAAUGUUCACAAUGAAGGACACUACUAAAUCUGUAAAUAACAAGUGUGUGUGUGUUAGCGUGCGUGUGGACGGUGGUGUCCUCUCUCCUGUGUGACUACUGUACUCUCAGCCCCUCCCCAUCAGAAAUGUUCUGUCGACCCCAGAAGCACUUUUCCCAGUUGAAUAGAAACAUUGGAACGCCUCAGUCGCGCCUCGCCCUCGUGUUGCCCUCUGUCUGUGACGCUCCCAGCAGAACGUUUGAGGUAGAUGAAGUAAGGUGACGGAAAGCACUUGCACACAAGACAUCAGGAACUCCGUCUGCGUAACACUGACUGUAAUUUAAGGUUUUUAAAGAAAAAGUCCAGCAAAGACACAAACAUGUGGCUCUGAUUUUUUUUCCAUGACUGCAUGUGAGGAGUUGUCCACAUACGACUUUUGUUGUUCGGAUUGACUUUAUUAAACAAUAAUAAUAACCUGAUGUCACGCGGUGCAUGCUGGGAAACGCUUCUGAUCUGAUCUGGGUUUGGGGUCAUUUCGGAUGCUGAGACACACCCAGGGAGCUUUUAGGAGCAGGAGAGGACAGUGAAGAACGACCUAUUUACCUCGUCUGCAGGGUUUAAGAUGGAGGUGCGCUUCCACUUGGGACACCUCAAAAAUGUGAUGGAUAAUUCUGAUGGCCGAGUUCAGCUAUCGUGACCCGACACAUGAAUCCAAAUUUGUGAUGACUAAAGUGAAGCAUUUGUGCAUGAGCCACCUGCUUUUAACUGCCACUAUCCUCAAUUAAAAAAAGAAAGCUGUGCUAUACAAUACAGAAUUUCUCUGCCCGUGCCAACCUGACCCAAUGAACCACAAUGGUCGACUACUUUGUGUUUUGUUUUGGAUCAAAAGACAACUGAAGGUGAGGCUACUUGGCGCCUUUCUGUGUCAGCCACCUUUAAUGCCUCUGCCUUUUACGGGAUGAAGCCAAAGAGUGCAACAGUUCAGGAUUAAGCUUCAGAAGCGUCUCCAUGUGUCGCCUGAUGACUGACUCUCUUUGGAAGCACAGGAACCCAAAUGAGAGCAGGUAAACUUCAUUUCAUGAGGAAGUCUGCUCCAUGUUCGCUGCCAAACCUGACUAUACAAUGCUAUACAAAGUUGUUUCUCGGUGUUAGACAAAUGGUUGUCUGCACUUGGCCGACAUCAUGGUAAACAAAUGUUGACGCUUGGUCAACCACCGUGACUAGUUGGCUUCGUCUCAAAUAAACAAGAGAGAAGCCGUCAGUGCUCCAUUGGAUCAGACAACCCUGUCUUUCAUUCGAGUCAGAAUCAUACUCCUCAUGACAGGAGGGAUGUUUAACCAGAGGCACUGCGUCAAUGAAAGGUUGAACCAAAAUGAGAGGAAGCAGCUCUGUUUCGGAUGCUUUCAGUUGGUCCACAAAGGAUGCAAACCGCCACCAUCCCCCUGUUUUUUUCCUCCUACAUUUCAGCCUGGUCUUUGCUCGCCUGUGUGCGAGGGUUGGUGUCUCUGCCCAGAGUCCUGCUAAAUCUCCGUCGGAGGUUCUGUCAACACUAGAGGCGCAUUUCUCCAUCCGACCUGCGGGGGGCGACACUGCGCGUUUGGCCUCUGGCUGCUGCGUCCUCACGGAAAGUAGAGCGAGCUCGGGAUACAAGGAGGGAAAAGACAGAGUCGUGUUGUGAUUUACAGAACGGAGGUAAAACGGCUGAAUUUCAUCACCAAACGCAUUUUGUUUGUGGAAUUUUUGUCAUUUCUUCUCUCCGAUUUUCUACUUCUUCAACGCUAAUCAAUACCUGGGCGAACCUGAGUUCAAAGAGUUUGUCGGAGACAUCAACAAGAGAGACGCCUCUAUUCAGAUCUUCCCCAUCCAGUUCGGUGACAACGGAACCUUCUUGUGUGAUGUGAGGAAUCCCGCCCGACAUCACAGGGACUGUGGUGCGGAUUGUGCUGCAGGUAGUUCCAAAAGGUGCAGCUGGUGCGAAUUCAACAGACGGAGUCACUGGACCAAGUCUAUUCUCAACAACACCAACUUGACUGACAUCAACCAGCUUCCAGAGACAUGACGUCCAUCUAACUGAAUUACCACCGUGGACGAUACACAGGGACAGCUCCAGGCCUUUGUUGUACAUCCUGGUCCUGUUUACACAACUACUUUUGUUUGCACUAACUACUUUGUUAUUUCUGCACCGUUCGUAACAUUUGGACCUCACUGUAUGUUCUAAGAGGUCAUGUGACAGUGGAUUUCUCCUUUGUGAGAUAAUAAAGUCUUAUCUUUCAUACAGUCAUUGAAUGCACCGUGGAAAAUGAUCGCAAUGAAGGCCACAACUAAAUCUGUAAAUAACUAGUGUGUUCGUGUGUGUGUGGACGGUGGCAUCCUCUCUCUAGUGUGACUAUUGGUCGUCCAGCCCCACCCGUCAGCCCCCAUGUGACAUGGUGCUAGUAAGAGAGGACAGUGAGGGGUUUAAGAUGGAGGUCCGCUUCCUCUUGGGACACCUCAAAAGGUGAACGAUAAUUCUGAUGGCUGAGUUGCAUAAUCGUAACCCGACAAUUUGUUCCCUAUAGGGAUGGUUUGAUGGAUCAGUCACUGAUCAUGAUCGGCCGAUAUCAGUGUGAUCUGUGAAUGCCGAUCACUACAUGUCAUUGCCGAUCACAACAACCGAUCACAUGUGACAGCUGGCCCUCUUGACAAAGGCCCACUGGUUGUGACGCAUCUGCUCCUCCCUCCCUGCUGCUCACUCUGCAUCAGCAUGUCUGCUGUGGAGCUUCUUUCAGUCUGUCAUGUAAAGUUUGCAUUCUGUACCUCAUGCACGGGAAAAUGCUGUGCAGGGGAGCACGUUAAAAUUAAAUCUGCCAUUUAAAACACCAGCACUGGACUGAGAGUUUUCCAGGCUCAUGAAAGUGAGACCGCUGGUUCCUCAGCAGCUGGCUGUUUGCACAGUUACUGCUUAGCAAAGUGCGACGUCUCACAUCAAAUUAAAUGUUUUCUGUUGUCCUUUUGACAGAAUAGUUGCUGCAUUCUGCAAGAGGUGUAUAGAAAUGUGGUUGAAUUAAAAGGAUUUAAUGGUUCGUAUUUUUUCCACAUCAUGACAUCAGAAAGUCAUUGUCAUUCCAUGCAAUUGGUAUCU